ACACACACAUACAUAUGUAGAGAGAGAGAGAGAGAGAGAGAGAGAAUUGUGAAGAGAGGGAAAUUAUUAAGAGAUCAGAGUGAUAAGAGCAUGAUGAUGAUGAUGAGAGAAAGGGGCCAUCCUUUGUUGAGGGGAUCAGGGGAAUCAGAAGGAGAUAAGAUCAGCAAAUACAGUCAUGGGUUUACAUCAGCUGAGAUGCAUUCACUGGCUAGCGUUUGUGAGGCUAUUUUACCUCCUUUGCCAUCGGAUUCUUUGGAUGCUGAGGAUCAUUAUGAUCGCCCUACCAAGGCUGUGAACUUGUUCUCCAAAAUUUCUGGGUCUCAAACCCCAAUACCUGAUCAGGUUGCAGAGCUUCUGGUGAAGAGGGCUGUCACAGAAGGGAUGAUAUUGGUGAGAGUGAUAUUGUUGUUGCUGGCAACUAGGUUGGGCACCUUAUUGCUUUGUGGGUCUCUCUGUGUAUCUCAGAAAUGGCCCUUCAUCCCCAACUUCUCUCGCCUAUCCUUGGACAAAAGAGAGAAAAUUCUGCAGAUGUGGUUUAAGAAUAGAUACUUCCCUCCCAUCAGGGUUGCAUUUCUUUACAUGAAGGUCUUGUGCCUCUACGUCGUCUUCUCUCGGGUCAAUGAAAAUGGUGAGAACCCAACAUGGGAAGCCAUUGGAUAUCACGUCCACAAUGACGACGACCCAUCUCAAGUCCCAAGAAAGAGACCUCUUGAAAAGGGAGUGCUGGAAACUAUACGCGAAACUGACUCUUCCCUUGUGCAUUCCCUUGCAAACAAAGGUAUAAGAGCGACUCUAGACUCCAAGCAGAAUGUCUUAAAAAUGGAAUGUGAUGUUCUUGUCGUCGGCUCUGGGUGUGGAGGAGGAGUUGCAGCUGCUGUGCUUGCAUGUUCAGGCCAGAAAGUCAUUGUUCUUGAGAAAGGCGGCUAUUUCACUGCUGCUGAUUAUUCUUCUUUGGAAGGCCCCUCAUCGGAGCAACUAUAUGAGGCAGGAGGUCUCCUUUCCUCUACCGAUGGGGGAGUGUUUAUUCUAGCAGGUUCAACUGUUGGUGGUGGCUCUGCUAUUAACUGGUCUGCAUGCAUCAAAACACCAAAAAGCAUGCUUCGGGAAUGGGCAAAGGAUUACAAGAUCCCACUGUUUGGGAGCUCUGAAUAUCUUUCUGCUAUGGAUACUGUGUGUGAGAGAAUUGGUGUUACAGAAAAUUGUGCUGAGGAAGGGUUCCAGAAUCAAGUACUGCGAAAAGGGUGUCAGACAUUAGGUCUUAAAGUUGAUUAUGUGCCCCGAAAUUCCUCGGAGUAUCAUUACUGUGGGGAUUGUGGUUACGGUUGCAGAAAAGGAGACAAAAAAGGGACGGAUCGUACAUGGCUUGUAGAUGCUGUGGAUCAUGGUGCAGUGAUCUUAACAGGAUGUAAAGCCGAGAGAUUCAUACUGGAAGAGAACAAGAGAGGAAGCCUGAGAGCAAAGAAAUGCCGAGGAGUAAUAGCAAAAACUUCGAGCGACAACAUCACACAGAUGCUGCAGAUCGAGGCCAAAGUCACCAUCUCUGCAUGUGGGGCUCUGUCAACACCCCCUUUGAUGAUCUCUAGCGGCUUGAAAAACCAUAACAUUGGCCGCAACCUUCAUCUCCAUCCUGUUGUUAUGGCCUGGGGAUACUUUCCAGAAUCAAACACAGAGAUCAAGGGUAAAACCUACGAGGGUGGGAUAAUGACAUCGAUCCAUGACGUGGAAGGGACGGAUUCAGAUGUAAGAGCCAUCAUAGAAACUCCAUCAUUGGGUCCAGCAUCAUUUUCUGGCAUAUGCCCUUGGGAAUCGGGACUCGACAUAAAGAAAAGAAUGGUGAAGUAUGCAAGAACUGCGCAUUUGAUUGUGCUAGUUAAAGACUUUGGUUCUGGAGAGGUUAAGUCGGAAGGAAGGAUAAGCUACGAAUUAGAUGCAUCUGACAGAGAAAAUCUCAGGGUUGGGUUAAGGCAAGCAUUAAGAAUCCUGGUAGCAGCAGGAGCGGUCGAGGUGGGCACCCAUCGCAGUGAUGGCCAGAGACUCAAAUGUAAGGGGAUUAGCGAGAAGGAACUGGAGGAAUUUUUGGACACAGUCAAUGUGGUUGGGGGGCCAAUGUCAUUGAUAGAGAAUUGGAUAGGAUUUACCUCUGCCCAUCAGAUGGGUAGCUGUAGGAUGGGGAUUGAUGACAAAGCUGGCGCGGUUGACUUGAAUGGGGAAAGUUGGGAAGCAGAAGGUCUUUUUGUUUGUGAUGCUAGUGUUCUUCCAACUGCUGUUGGUGUCAAUCCCAUGAUCACCAUCCAGUCAACUGCCUACUGCCUCUCAAAGAUAAUAGCCGAUCGAGUCCUUACAAAAAGUACCCUUCUCUAAAGAUUCUUGAUUCCUCUUAUUGUUCUAUUAUACUAUGCACAUAUCUGCAUUUGUGCGCUUACACAAAGCACAUAUAUCCACAUUCUAAAGCUGUUAUAUAUUGAGUCCUGCUAUUAAAUAAUGAGCUGUUGUUCAGGUUUAGAAUGCAAUGUGUUAUUCAACUUCACAUGUAUGCCAAUGACUCGAUUAAUAUAUUGAAUUGUAUUUUCUAA